UCCCACACAUCUGCAGUGCAGGGAGCGAUGGCCGCUGUGCAAAAACUCCAGGAUGAAGCCACUUGUUCCAUCUGUCUGGAGUAUUUCAAAGCCCCGGUGUCUAUCCACUGCGGGCACAACUUCUGCCGGGCCUGCAUCAACCAGUGCUGGGGGCAGUCGGAGCCCAACUUCUCCUGCCCCCAGUGCAGAGCAACCGCCCAGCGGAGAAACUUCAGGCCCAACAGGGAGCUGGCGAACAUGGUGGAGCUAGUGAAACAGUUGAAGUUACAAGCGGGGAAAGAGCCAGAGGGGGAGCGAGUGUGUGAGAGGCACCAGGAGCCUCUGAAACUGUUCUGUGAGGAGGAUCAGAGCCCCAUCUGCGUGGUGUGUGACCGAUCCAAGGCUCACCGAGACCACCCUGUGAUUCCCAUCGAGGAGGCUGCCCAGGAGUACAAGGAACAAAUCUGGACACAACUGCAGACCCUGAAGGACGAGAGAGAAAAACUCCUCAAAUACAGACAGGCCGAGGAGGGGAAAAGCCAGGAAUACCUGGGGAAGACAGAUGCUGAGAGACGGAAAAUCAUGUCUGAAAUUCGGCAAUUGCGCCAGCUCCUGGAGGAACAAGAGCGACUCCUGCUGGCUCAGUUGGGAGGCCUGGACAAGGAGAUUGUGAAGAUGCAGAAUGAAAAUGUCACCAAACUCUCAGUGGAAAUUUCCCGUCUCAAUGAGCUGAUCAGUGAGAUGGAGGGGAAGUGCCAGCAGCCCACGAGUGAAUUCCUGCAGGAUAUCAGAAGCAUCUUGAGCAGGUGUGAGAAAGGGAAGGCCCAGGCGGUGGUGGAGAGUCCUUCCAAGCUGGAAAAGAGAAUCAGUGAUUUCUCCCAGAAAAGGAUCGAUCUGGAGAAGAUUCUGAGGGAAUUCAAAGACACGCUGGUAUUUGGGCUGGUGAUGGAAGGGAGUCAAUUUUUGGCAAAGGAGAUGGAAAACGUAGGUGAAAAGGUGAAUGUGACUCUGGAUCCAGAGACGGCUCAUCCCAAACUUGUCCUGUCUGAGGAUUGGAAACAUGUGAAAUAUGGAGACGCCCGGCAGGAUCUGCCCCACAAUCCCAAGAGAUUUGAUUCUUCUCUCUGCGUGCUGGGCUGUGAGGGAUUCACCUCGGGGAGAUGUUACUGGGAGCUGGAGGUGGGCGAAGGGGGAGGCUGGGCCGUGGGAGUAGCCAGAGAGUCGGUGAAGAGGAAGGAACCGGUCAAAUAUAGCCCUGAAGAAGGGAUCUGCGCUGUAGCUCUGCGCAGAGGUGAGUACUGGGCACUCACCUCACCUGAAGAAAUCCCCCUGUCUCUGAGCUGGGUCCCCCAGAGGAUCCGGGUUUCUCUGGACUAUGAAGGGGGGCAGGUGGCAUUUUUUGAUGCUGAUCACAAGUCCCUCAUCUUCUGCUAUAUGAGGGCCUCUUUCACUGGGGAGAGAGUCCUCCCUUUCUUCUGGGUGGUGGGAAAGGUGUCCUGGCUCAGACUGGCUCCUUCAGAAAUGAGGUUUCCAAGCCACGUCUCCAACCGUCAUUUUCCUCAAAAAGGUGACAGUCAUGUCCGCGUUGCACCCCCAGGGUUUCUCCACAUUCCAGCAAGAGUAAGCAGCACUGAAUUAAACCUAGCUGCUGCCUCAGCAGAGCGCGCAACCCCUGUCUCAGGCAACUCUUGGCUCAGUGUCAUGCAACAAAUGAAACCGAGGCCACACUUGUCAACUGGUCAACCCCGCAGGCCGAUCCAUCACUAUCCAGCCCGUGCCACCUACCCUGUAAGGGGAACACAGCCCCAUUCGGCCCAGGCAGCCACCCCCCAGCCCACAAAAAGGGAUAAUGUUGUUUGUUCCUUGUCCGACUUCCUGAAAAGAGGUAAAUAGUUUCCAGCUGCCGUGCUCUUCACUGCCCCUGUGCCCCCAGGUACGAUCUUGAGUCCCCAGCCGCUCUGCUCCCCUUCACCUGCUAGAAACUCUCCCAGUGAGAGAGCCCAGAAUGAGCCACUUUCUCUGUCCCUGGAGAGAAGCUGGGAGCUGCGGAGGGAUCUAGGCCAGUGUGGGCCCUGGUGGCUAGGGAUGGCCAGCCAGGGAGGAGCUGGAAUUCUGUUCCUCGCCUUCCAGCUAAAGAACUAGCCUGUCCCCUGCUGCCCUAGUCACUCCUUGGGUUACAAGGAUGGUCAAUAGUGCUGGGCAGGCUG